AUGCUGGGGCGGAGGGCGCCGUGGCUGUGCUGGUGGUGGGGACUGCUCUGCGGCUGCUGCGGGCCCCCGCCCCUGCCCGCCGCCGGGGGCGCGCUGCUGGGGGACGGCGGGCGCCCCGGCCCCGCGGAGCAGCCGCCGCCGCCGCAGACCUCCUCCUCGGGCUUUCUCUACCGGAGGCUCAAGACGCACGAGAAGCGGGAGAUGCAGAAGGAAAUCCUCGCCGUGCUGGGCCUCCCGCACCGGCCCCGGCCCCUGCACGGCCUCCAGCAGCCGCAGCCCCCUGCGCUCCCGCCGCCCCCGCCGCCGCAGCAGCAGCCUCGCGGUGAGCCCCCGCCCGGGCGGCUGAAGUCCGCGCCUCUCUUCAUGCUGGACCUGUACAACGCCCUGUCCGCCGCCGACGACGAGGACGGGGCUUCCGACGAGGAGAGGCGGCAGCCCGGGCCGCGCGGAGGGGCCGGCUCGUCCCAGCCCCGGCAGGCGGCCCUCGGCCGCAGGAGCGUCCUGGCCCCCGGACCCGGCGGCGGCGGCGCGUCUCCACUGACCAGCGCGCAGGACAGCGCCUUCCUCAACGACGCCGACAUGGUCAUGAGCUUCGUGAACCUGGUGGAGGACGACAAGGAGUUCUCCCCUCGCCAGCGACACCACAAAGAGUUCAAGUUCAACCUAUCCCAGAUUCCUGAGGGUGAGGCGGUGACGGCUGCAGAGUUCCGAAUCUACAAGGACUGUGUUGUUGGGAGUUUUAAAAACCAAACUUUUCUUGUCGGCAUUUACCAAGUCUUACAGGAGCAGCAGCACAGAGACUCUGACCUGUUUCUGUUGGACACCCGCGCCGUGUGGGCCUCAGAAGAAGGCUGGCUGGAAUUUGACAUCACAGCCACCAGCAACCUGUGGGUCCUGACCCCGCAGCACAACAUGGGGCUGCAGCUGAGUGUGGUCACGCGGGAUGGGCUCGACAUCAACCCCCGAGCCGCCGGCCUGGUGGGCAGGGACGGCCCCUACGACAAGCAGCCCUUCAUGGUGGCCUUCUUCAAGGCCAGCGAGGUCCACGUGCGCAGCACCCGCUCGGCUGCCGGCCGGCGGCGACAGCAGAGCCGCAACCGCUCCGCCCCGGCCCAGGACGUGUCGCGGGCCUCCAGCGCCUCAGAUUACAACAGCAGCGAACUGAAAACAGCCUGCAGGAAGCACGAGCUCUACGUGAGCUUCCAAGACCUGGGCUGGCAGGACUGGAUCAUUGCACCCAAGGGUUACGCUGCCAACUACUGUGACGGAGAAUGCUCCUUCCCUCUCAACGCACACAUGAACGCCACCAACCAUGCCAUCGUGCAGACCCUGGUUCACCUUAUGAAUCCCGAGUACGUCCCCAAACCGUGCUGUGCGCCAACGAAACUGAAUGCCAUCUCCGUGCUUUACUUUGACGACAACUCCAAUGUCAUCCUGAAAAAAUACAGGAACAUGGUCGUCAGAGCUUGUGGGUGCCACUGACUCGGGACGAGCUGCUGGGGACACACGCACUGCCUUGGACUCCUGCAUCACAUCCGCCUUAAAAGGCGCCCGGAAGCACCGAGAAAGCGGGAUAAGACGCCGACACCAUCUCGUGCUGGCUGCUGCCUUUCCGCCCUAAGACAUCUUAAAGGACCUUGUCCGUAACCUGCUCACGUAGUAAAUGUCGUGAGUAGUUGUCGGUCUCUAGGAAGCUGAGUUUGAGUGUCUGUAGCAUGAAGUCUGGUGACUGAAGAAACCUAACUUUGAAGGUUCCCUUCUGCCCCCCAAACCCACCCAAAUUAUUUUGCUUUAGAUCAAGCUCUUCGUGGUUUUAGUAAGUAAAUAGGGAAGAUAAUCUUAAAGUAAAAUUCUUCUUGGCUCAGAUAUCAGCGGGCUCAGUAGUUGCUCACAGGGAGAUUUUGCAGAGAACGGGAAUGGGGGAAGAACGUCUCUGUUGAGCUCUCACCCCAGGGAGGUCGGUUUCUCACGUGGGAUCAACAGCCCGGGAGGGAGCCGGGCAGCCCGCAGGUGCCUUUUGUCUCAGUCGUGCUGUUACAUGUUUGUGCGGGCGUUUUGUCCGUGUGAAAAUAUCCUUAUCUCAGUUCAACCACAUCAUUUCCACCGCCCCCCCCCACCCCCCCACCAGCAUUUGCUGUUUUCUUUGCUAGGACCAAAAACAGAGACUAGAGUGAUCCCACUUUGAGGCGAGGCUCCGGGGAUGAGAAGUCCUUUUAAAGCCAUCAUUUUAACCGAGCUACACGCCCGCACCUCUUCUCGAGGGACGGCUCUUUGAAAAAGCACGUUUACGUCGGGAAUGUCGGCCCUCAUCUGGAAUGUCGGUAAAACGGUUCCUUGCCCCUUACUGGACAGCAUCCUGCAUCUCGGGGUUAGACCAGCAAAGGCGAUGAGCUGAGCAAGGGCACCCAGCCUUAGGAAGAGGUUAGGAUGGGUAUGCGGUCUAGAAACCGAAAUCACGGUGUUCUCCUGUAGAAAGUAAGACUCAGAUUAAAUCUGAGAAUAUUUUUUAAAUGUCUUUUUCACGAUCAUG